AUGUUUGGUCAAGGUGCUGUGGGCUCCGGCAUCACGGAGCUCGCCAAGUACAAAACCACCAUGACACCCAAGCCAUCAGUGGCUCCAAACAUGAAGGGAGACUAUCAAGUUGCCACAUAUGGAGAAAAAGAAAACGAUUGUGCUGUGACUUACACAUGUCGCUAUGGACAGGGUUGGGACGAGGUAUGCGAUAACCAACGGUGGGCCAUCGACCAGGCCUUCAACAGAAAGACAGUUUACAACAUGGCAACCGCAGUGGUAGGGAGAAAGAAAUACAAGGAUAGCUGGUCUUCUUCAAAAAGAGGACCAUGGUAUGCCACGCUCGCCAAACCCAUUGUCAGCGGAACAGGAACAUGGAGGGGAAGAUAUCAGUGUGAAGUGGACGAGUUUCCUCAGGCGGCCUUGGCAGAGGCACAGAACAAGACGUACCAAAUGGUGCGCUUUCUCAAUGGACCAGCAAAUGCUGCCCAGGGCCGGGAGUUUGGGGCUUGGAAACAGGCUGAAUAUAUCCCAUGUAGCGCACUCGCACUCCGGGAAAAGGCAAAUAAGCCCCCCCCCCCCCCCCCCCCCCCCCCCGCCUAUUACCUGGGAGUUCUCUCCAUUUAG